UGGAGUGAGGUUCGGUGUUUUUGGACUUUUUUGAAGAAGAAAAAAAGAUAAGCACUUAAUUUUCUCAACCCUCCAUAACCCGCCACUACAAAAGCACAACCCCACUUCCAAGUUCCAACCUUUUCCUCUCUCUCUCUCUCUCUCUCUCUCUCUCUCUCUCUCUCUCUCUCUCUCUCUCUCUAUCUAUCUAUCUAUCUAUUCAUACUUGUAGAAAGUUCUCUUUUUUUCACCUCCAAAUUAGCACCGAGCAUAAAAAAUAAGUGCUUAUCAAAUUCAAAACACAAGCAACACAAAAUUGAAAAUCAUGGGAGGUAGAGGAGGUAUUAUCAAUGAAGAAGAAAACAAAUGGCCACCAUGGUUACAACCACUUCUUCAAACAAGUUUCUUUGUUCAAUGCAAAGUCCACUCAGAUUCACACAAGAGUGAAUGUAACAUGUUUUGUUUGGAUUGUGUUAAUGGAGCCCUUUGUUCUGCUUGUCUUGUUUCUCACAAACAACAUAGAACAAUUCAGAUAAGGAGGUCUUCAUACCAUGAUGUGAUAAGGGUUUCUGAGAUACAGAAAUUUCUGGACAUAACAGAAGUUCAAACCUAUGUUAUAAACAGCGCAAAGAUUGUGUUCUUGAAUGAAAGGCCUCAACCUAGGCCUGGAAAAGGAGUCACCAAUACCUGCCAAGUUUGUGACCGUAGCCUCCUUGAUUCUUUCAACUUCUGCUCUCUUGGUUGUAAGAUUGUUGGAACCUCCAAGAAGUUGAGGAAGAAUAAAAUGUUAAUUCAGAAAGAUGGGUCUGAUGGUGAAGAGUCAAUGAAUGGUAUUAGCACUGGAAGUGGAAGAAACAAAAUUCAUAGCUUUACACCUUCAACACCACCUCCAACAGUUGUGAAUUACAGAACAGUGAAGAGAAGGAAAGGAGUUCCACAUAGAGCUCCAAUGGGAGGAGGAAUCAUUAUAGAAUACUGAAUCAUUAUUAAUAAUGUUAUAUAGUGGUUUUAAUGUCACUUAGCAAUCAAUAUUUAUACCUAAAAAAGAUACAAACAGUUGUGUCCACUUCCUUAAAGUGGCGUCCUGAGCCAUUGUGGUUAUAUCUGGCUCAAGAGAUUAAUCUCUACAGUUUCGCGCAGAAGAUACCUGAUUUACACCAAAAGAGUGGUGUCCUAAAAAAAAAUAUGAUUUAUGUUUUACAUAGUUCAACGCCUGAGCCUUGUUCCCUGAGGCCGGCAUUGGGAUACUGCUCUACAUUGUAUAGGGGAAAAAAUGAUAGAAAGUAAGUAAUAAUAUAAGUGGGGAAUUUGUUGUGUUGGUUUUGUGAUGCUAAGUGUAUAUAAUUAGUGGUUUGUAGAAAAUAAUUGUAUAGCAUUAGCAUCUAGUUUCUGUUUGACAAUAAAAAUAAAGUUAUGUUGAUGUGUAUUAAUUUUAUUCCAUUGGUUUGGUA